AGUUCGGGGAAAAAAAUAAAAUAAAGUUGUACCAGAUGAGAAAAAGUGAUGUUGGGAACAAGUCAUACAUAUGUUUGAUAUGACCACGAUGUUUGAACAAAUGUUUGAAACCUUUCAGUAUUACAUCUGUUUGGCUUCUCUUCUGCCAAUUUCCAAUGGAUUGACACCAAACCUACCCCAUCUCUCUCUCUCACACACACACACACAUAUAUAUAUAGCACAAAGCGGUGCUCUUCAUCUCCACAAAUAAGCUUUUUGAUCUCUAUAAUCAAAAAAAGAAGAUGGGGGUGACAUGCUUUAGCCAGGAGUUUACAUGCCCUGUUGCACCAGCAAGAAUGUUCAAGGCAUUGAUCUUAGAAUCCAACAACCUAAUCCCAAAGCUCUUACCUCAAUUCAUUGAAAGUGUGGAAGUAAUUGAAGGAGAUGGAGGACCAGGAAGCAUUGAACAGGUCAACUUCACUCAAGACAGCAACUUCAACUAUGUGAAGCACAGAAUCGACGAGCUGGACAAAGAGAAAUUUGUGUGCAAGUACACCAUGAUUGAAGGUGACAGAUUGGGCGACAAGCUUGAAUCUAUCGAUUAUGAUGUCAGGUUUGAAGCAGCCAACAAUGGAGGUUGCAUCUGUAAGAUGAUCACCAAAUACCACACCGUGGGCGAGCUUGAGAACAAGGAAGAAGAGAUCAAGUCCGGCAAGGACAGCGCUAUGGGGGUUUACAAAGUUGUUGAAGCCUACCUUUUGGACAAUCCUCACGUCUAUGCUUAAUUAAGCCUGUGUUGUACCACCAGUCCUUUAUAUACAUAAUCUCAUAUCUGAAGAUUAUUUUUUGUGUGAAAUUGAAAUAAAGUUCAAAACAAAUUGGUUUCUUUUAACUAAGCUACUUUGGAACUUUACAAGCUCAGGUCAUGUAUGGGAUCAUAUUACAUAUUGUGAGAUGGGUAAUUUGCAUUUCCUUGAAUUAAUGUUGGAUAAUUCAAACCCAAAUCAAAGAUAAGAGAUUUGUUCAAUUUGCUAAACUUGUCUCCAAGGAAGUUUGAAAAUUGAACUCAAGAAUUGGAUCCUCCCUUUGUCACAAGGCUCUAUUUAGAGUGAGAGAGAUGGAUCUUAUAAUAGAGAGGGGUUUGGAGAUAAGAGAACAGAGAAGAAUAAAACAGAGAAUCCUCAAUCCUUAAGAAUUGGUUUCAAGUAAAAAAAUUUAUUAAAAAAAUAAAAAAGUUUGGUCUAAAAAUGCAUGUUAUUUGACAAUUUCAAAAAAAAAAAAAAAUGAUUUUUAUUUUUUGGAUUUAAAAAAAAAAUUGGCUGGAAUAACAUUGGAGAAACCCCCCUCCAUACUCUUUCUCUCUCUUCAAUCACCUUCUCUGUUUCUCUUCAAACAACCAUCCAAUUAAUGUCUCACAAUCUAUAUAUCUAUAGAUGGCCGAAUUUCUUUCAAGAAUCUUUGUCCCUCCCACUCCAAUGGCUUCCUCAAUGGCUGCUAAAAAUUAUUUUUCAAAGGAAAUGCUUCAUGGCUUCAUUUACAAUCCUGUACCAAUUCUUGAUUCAGCAACAAUCGCAGUUCCCCCACCACCACCCUCCCGCCUUCCUCUCCGGCCACCACUCUAAAUAAUACAACUAGCUUUCACCUAUGGCGACAUUUUUUUUUUUACAUCUCUUCCAAAGCUGUUGAUCAUUUACCCAUAGUUUGGAUUAAAUCAUAUUGCAAUAUAAUAUAUUUUAUUACUUGAUACACAUAACUCUAAUCAAUUUUCUUAUUACGUUUA